CUCACAGCAGUCAUAGCGUUCCGUGACGCAUCUUGCAGACAACGACAGCUUGUAUGCGCUGACACCCAUUUCGAAUCACAUAGCGAGCCGGCAGCCUUACCACAAGCGUGCAAGAAAGGUCCUGCCCUUUCCCUAAGCCGUUUUUCAAAAUUCGCCCGAAGCGCACACCCACCGCACGAUGGUCGGCACGAGAGGUCCAGUGCCAGUGCCUGUGCAGGCCAAUGGCACCGACCUGACACUGGACAUCUUGGAGAAACUCGAGAACACCGAUCCUAUCCACACAGAAGAUGCAUAUCCAGAAGUACCACAAGCUCAGCUCAAAGCUGCCCUCGACAGACUCGCGAGCAGGGCAAUGCUGGAGUAUGACACGAACGACGCAGAGCGAGUAGUACUCACGGCGGAAGGCCAGCAGAUCGCAGACGAGGGCAGCCAUGAAUACAAGGUGUGGGAAGCCGUCAAGGCAGCGGGGAAGUUGGGGGUGAAGGAUCCAUCGCUCGCGACACCUAACGCCAAAGUUGGUCUGGGCAAUGCGAUGAAGCUCAAAUGGGUCAAGAAGGAUGGCGAUGCACUGGUUUCGCUGCAGGAGAGCGUCAGAGAUCAAACGAGAGAGGUUCUGCAGUUCGCAGCCCAAGCGGGUAGCUUCCCAGAUGCCAAACAACAGAAGGAAUUUCAGAAGAGAAAGCUGGUCACAACGAAAAAAGUCAUCACAUACAGUGUGCGGAAAGGACCACGUUGGGCAAAGGAGAUUCCAGUAGAGGUGACAGACCUCACUGCGGAGAUGAUUGAGGAUGGUAGCUGGAAGACUGCGACCUUCAAGCCAUACAACUUCAAAGCACUCGGCGCGAACCAGAAUGCUGGCACAUUACAUCCACUGAACAAAGUGCGAGAGGAAUUCCGCAAAAUCUUCUUCAACUGGGACUUCAUUGAGAUGCCGACAGCACGCUUCGUAGACACCGGCUUCUGGAACUUCGAUGCCCUCUUCGUUCCGCAACAACAUCCCGCUCGUGACCUGCAAGACACCUUCUACGUCUCAGAUCCAGCCGAAUCUGGUCUCCCAGGGCCCGACCCGAUCGCAGACGCCGCCCUGAACAAGAUGGAAGCCGAUUCGCGCCUUUUCGCCACGGGCACUUCUGAUGAGGUUAAGCCUCUAGACUACAAGAAGUACUCCGAAGAUGUGCGCGCAGUCCAUCAGGAAGGCAAGUUCGGGUCCAUCGGCUACCGUGCUCCCUAUGCCGAAUCAGAAACGACUCGUCUUGUCCUCCGAACACAUACUACUGCUGUGUCCACAUACUGCCUGCACCGACUAGCAGCAAAUCCACGGCCCGCGCGAUACUUCUCGAUCGACCGUGUCUUCCGGAACGAAACCGUUGAUGCUACGCACUUGGCAGAGUUCCACCAAAUAGAAGGCGUCAUUGCAGAUUAUGGCCUGACUCUUGGUGGCCUGCAAGCUUUCCUGGGCAAGUUCUUCGAGCAACUCGGCAUCACAAACCUGCGCUUCAAGCCCGCGUACAACCCAUACACCGAGCCUUCUAUGGAAGUCUUCGGUUUCCACAGAGGUCUCAACAAGUGGGUCGAGAUUGGUAACUCUGGCAUGUUCCGACCAGAGAUGUUAUUACCCAUGGGCCUGCCGGAAGACCUACGAGUGUAUGGCUUCGGUCUUUCGCUAGAACGACCUACCAUGAUCAAGUACGGUGUAUCAAACAUCCGAGAACUUCUUGGACAUAAGGUCGAUCUAGGGUUCAUUGAAAGCAAUCCUGCGGUCAGGUUGGACAAGGAUUAGAAGUCCUGCGUGAAUGAAAUUCCUGCGCGACGUUCCUCGUGGUGCUUGGAGUUUCUGAAAGUGGCUGUUAGAGAGUACUGCAGAGAUACAGCGCGCUCGCGCACACCAAUUGUAGACCACAACUUGAAUGAGACAAAUUUCAAUGCUGGCUUUUGCCCUCUGGAAUAUCGCC